AUGAUGACUGGCCGUGUGCUCUGCGUCCUGUUGGUGCCUGCACUGAUGUGCUGUUUCUUGUGCGUGUGUGCGACAGCUGCUGCGACGGAGGUGCGUGUGCGGCCUGCCGGUGAUGGCGCGGUGACUGCUGGACACAUGUGGGCAGUGAUGGCUGCGGAAAGUGACCAAUUGGCCGGUGGCUCUGGACGAAAUGGGAGCGUGAACUCUGAGGGCAGUAACAAUCAGGAAGACGAGGAGGGUGGAGGAAACACAGCAAGUGAUGGUCCUACGCCCACGCCCCUUGAAACACUCACUGCUCCGACGGGGAAGGAUCAAUCCAGCAGCGACCCACCGCGAAGUAUCACUUCCAAUCCUUCUGACACUGGUGACGUGUCCGAUUCCCAGACCCAUGCAAGUGGACAGGAGUCUUUGGGCGGAGGGCCCGCUGCAGGCACAACAUCCCCACUCCCCAACUCAUCUCAGCAGGCAGCAGGUGGAGUGCAUGCUGUUGGCGGGAGGACCUCCCAGGGCAGUCAGGCUUCAGGACAAACCGUCACAGGUGUCAGAGACGGCAAAGGCAACACCGCAAGGCGGUGGAGGAGGAGGACCCCGAGCGCAACACGAAGCCGACCACACCACAAAAGAUGGCGGUGA